GACAUCACCACCCUCUAGUUGCUAGCUCCAUGUAGCUGGCAAGUGGUUUGCUCUUAGGGUAGCAGAGGAGGAAAUUGCUCCCCGUCUGAUAAAACAGCAGUGAAGCGGGGACGCAUGCUGUUUCUUAGGGACACGGCUGAUUUGCAGAUAUGACCAUGUAUAUGUGGCUUAAACUUUUGGCAUUUGGCUUUGCCUUUCUGGACACACAAGUGUUUGUUACAGCUUUUCCACUUUGCAUGGCCGUUAUGCUUAUGGAGGUCAGAGUCUGCAUAUUGUAUUUCCGCAUGCACUUGUAUUUGCACUCACAACAUGUCUAUGACACACACGUGUGGCAUACACAUUAUAAUGGACUAGAGAGUUGGUAUAUUCAGGUGACUUUGUGUUUCAGGAUGAUUCAUGUAUUUAUUUCUUCUUUUUUUCCAUCUCCCAUUAAUAUAGAAGGACUGAACAUCACAGCAAUUACCAGUGCUCUGCCUCCAACUAGCCCCUUACUGACUUCCACCACUACCCCCUCACUCGCAAGCAUCUCUGAAAGAGAAAAUGACUCAUCAGAGACCACAUCUUCUCCUAGUCCAGGUGAUCCAGUCUCACAGACGCCUGCCCCACCCACGCACACCGACUCGCAGGCGCCCUCUUCUGGAGGAACUGACCCGCAGACACUCAGCAGCACCGCUGUGCUUACCACACUCACGGUUACUCUGAGCAGGCCUGAUCCUUCAGGUGUCCCCGAUGGGAGGAGACUAGUCAGCACCAUUCCUGCAGACACAGCCUUCACUCCAGCAGUCACCCGCACACCUGCAUACAACAGCUCUGCUGUCUUACCUGCACACACCUCCAACAUCAGCACCACAGAGAACUCCUCAGGUUCUGACAAUACAACUCCAGGAGCCACUCCAUUGAGCACUGCCCCUCCAACCACAACAGAAGCUGCUACUACAACUGAAGUACCAUCAUGUGAGGAAAUAUUCAAGAACAUCUCUGUGAAUUAUAAAUAUGACAAAAAUAAUAAAUCAUUUACAGCAGACCUGAAUGUUACAGAUGAUGUGUUGUGUGACCUUAAAGAUUGUAAAUCAAAGUUGCAAGGUCUACGGGGAUGUCACAAUGAUAUUUUUAAUCUAUCACAUACUUCAUGUACUACUCCUUUUAAAGUGAUAAAAUUAGAAGUACCACCAGAUCCUGAAAUGUUUGAGUUAGAUGAUUGCACACCAAAAGAAGCAGCAAAUACUUCGAUUUGUUUAAAAUGGAGAGGAAAACCUGCUUGUGGUGAAGAGAAAUUUAGAUACGAAUAUCAAUGUGAUAAUUUGACAUCUUCUGGGAAAGAAGCAAUAUUUGUAGACCUUUCUCCGAAAAAAAACUAUAGUUGUAUAUCAAAAGUGUUCUAUAAUAACCAAUCAUAUACUAAUGACAGUAGAUUUAUUGAAACAGAUUUUGGAAUUCCAGAAAUGCCUCAGAAUCUUUCUUGCCGUGGUGAAAGUGAGAACAAAGGAGUAAUUAGUUGGAAAUCCCCAGAAAGUGGGUUCACUCCCAGUGGAUUUGUUCUUUGUCAUGAGUCCAAUUCAGGAGAAAAAUGUGCCACUCUGGAUAUGAACCAAAGCAAAUAUGAUUUGAGAAAUUUGAAACCCUUUCAAAAAUAUAGUGUAUCAGUACAUGCCUUUGUCAGUGCAAAAAUACAACGUAAUGGAAAUGCUAACCAGUGUGAAUUUCAAACCCAAGCAGGAUAUCCAUCCGAGGUCCAGAGAUUGAGUGUCACCCUGGUGGGAGACAACGGUUUAUCUGUCAAAUGUGCGCAACCUAAAGAGAUUAAUGGCCCCAACAAUGGAAGCUACCACUUGGAAGUCAAAACUGGAGGUAGUCUCAUGGAAAAGAAAGACAAAAAAUGUGAAUUCUAUUUACAUGAUCUUUACUAUUCAACAGAAUAUGAGUUGAAGGUCUACUUCAACAAUGGAAUUAAUUCUGGAAAUCCUGUUAUUAAGCAUCAUUCAACAUCUUAUAAUUCUAAAGCACUGAUUGCAUUUCUGGCAUUUCUGAUUGUUGUGACAUCAAUAGCCCUGCUUGUUGUCCUCUAUAAAAUCUAUGAUCUGCAUAAGAAAAGAUCCAGCAAUUUAGAUGAAGCACAGGAACUUGUUGAGCGGGAUGAUGAAAAACAGCUGAUGAACGUUGAACCAAUUCAUGCAGACAAUUUGUUGGAAACUUAUAAGAGAAAAAUUGCUGAUGAAGGACGACUUUUUCUCGCUGAAUUUCAGAGCAUUCCACGGGUAUUCAGCAAGUUUUCUAUCAAGGAUGCUCGAAAGCCUUUCAACCAAAAUAAAAACCGUUAUGUUGACAUCCUGCCUUAUGAUUAUAACCGUGUUGAACUCUCUGAAAUAAAUGGAGAUGCAGGGUCAAACUAUAUUAAUGCCAGUUAUAUUGAUGGUUUCAAAGAGCCCAGGAAAUAUAUUGCUGCACAAGGCCCCAGGGAUGAAACUGUGGAUGAUUUCUGGAGGAUGAUCUGGGAACAAAAAGCCACUGUUAUUGUCAUGGUCACUCGAUGUGAAGAAGGAAACAGGAACAAGUGUGCAGAAUACUGGCCGUCAAUGGAAGAAGGCACACGGGCUUUUGGAGAUGUUAUUGUAAAAAUAUUUGAGCAUAAAAAAUGUCCAGAUUAUAUCAUUCAGAAACUGAGCAUUACAAAUAAAAAGGAGAAAACCACUGGACGAGAAGUGACACACAUUCAGUUUACCAGUUGGCCAGACCACGGGGUGCCUGAAGAUCCCCACCUGCUUCUCAAACUGAGAAGGAGAGUGAAUGCUUUCAGCAACUUCUUCAGUGGCCCCAUUGUGGUGCACUGCAGUGCUGGUGUUGGGCGCACAGGCACCUACAUUGGAAUUGAUGCCAUGCUAGAAGGGCUGGAAGCAGAGGGCAAGGUGGAUGUUUAUGGUUAUGUUGUCAAGCUCAGGCGACAGAGGUGUCUCAUGGUUCAAGUGGAGGCACAGUACAUCUUGAUCCAUCAGGCCUUAGUGGAAUAUAAUCAGUUUGGAGAAACAGAAGUAAACUUGUCUGAAUUACAUCUAUGUCUGCAUAACAUGAAGAAAAGAGAUCCUCCCAGUGAGCCGUCUCCACUGGAAGCUGAAUUCCAGAGACUUCCUUCAUACAGGAGCUGGAGGACACAGCACAUUGGAAACCAAGAGGAAAAUAAAAAGAAAAACCGGAAUUCGAAUGUCAUUCCGUGUAUGUACACAUCCAUAGGAUCACAUCUGGAAAUCUGUGCUCAGUACUGGGGAGAAGAAAAGAAAACAUUUGGAGAUUUAGAAGUUGAUCUGAAGGACACAACCAAACAUUCAACUUAUACUCUCCGUGUAUUUGAAUUGAGACAUUCCAAGAGGAAAGAGCCUAGAACCGUGUACCAGUACCAGUACACCAACUGGAGUAUGGAACAACUUCCUGCAGAUCCCAAAGACUUAAUUUCCAUGAUUCAGAGUCUCAAACAAAAACUCUCCAAGAAGACUUCCACUGAAGGGAAUAAGUACACCAAGAGUGUGCCUAUCCUAAUUCACUGCAGAGAUGGAUCUCAGCAAACAGGAAUAUUUUGUGCUUUGCUAAAUCUCUUGGAAAGUGCAGAAACUGAAGAGGUAGUGGAUGUUUUCCAAGUAGUGAAAUCUCUACGAAAAUCUAGGCCAGGAAUGGUUUCUACAUUUGAGCAAUACCAGUUCCUAUAUGACAUCAUUGCCAGCACCUACCCUGCCCAGAAUGGACAAGUAAAGAAAAACAACAAUCAGGAAGAUAAAGUUGAAUUUGAUAAUGAAGUGGACAAAGCAAAGCAGGAUGCUAAUUGCGUUCAUCAAGCUGGUGCCCCAGACAAGACCCACCAAGGAAGCAAAGAGGUGGAAGGUGCUGAACCCACAAGUGGCACCGAGGGGCCAGAACAUUCUGCCAAUGGUCCUGCGAGUCCAGCUUUAACUCAAAGCUCAUAGGAAAAGACAUACAUGGGGCAACUCAAAGCCUGUGCUAGCUGUUUUCUGUUUUUCUAGAAGUGGGAGGGAAAAAUAGGAAGACAUUGGACUGCUGAUCGAAGUGCACUGGACCAAUGUUUGGGGGAAGAUGCUAUUUUACCACUGUGGAAAAAAUAUUUAAGCCAGUUUUGCUAAGAUGUUUUGUACAGUGUUAUGCUUAUUUUAAAAUAUUACCUGUCAUUCAGCAAAAACAACUUCUUAGUAGUCUUCAAGUGUGUGUGUUUGAGUACCUGAUGGUGGACAGGUAGAGCUUUCAAGUGAAUUUAAAUGCUCUUGAGAAACUUUGCAUAAAACUUUUUUUUUUCCUGAAGAAGAAAAAAAACCCCACACUUUUUAUUGGAACUGUUAACUUAGCUUGAAAGAUCUAUUUUUAAGACAUAAAUUGCAUGUGUACUCUGUAUAAGAUUAGCAACAUGUACAUUUCUAGAAUGACCUCAAGAUGUCCUCCUUGUUCUACUCUGAUAUAUCUUAUAGUUUACUGUUUUACUUAGAGUACAUAAAAGUAGCAUGUGUGUGUAUAGGUACUACAAGAAAGUUAACCAAAUUAAAAUUUGGAAAUCUUAUACUCCAUCUGUUAUCAUUUAGUCCAAUACCUUUUUAGGUAUAUUUAAUUUAAAAUUUUCAACUGAGCCUAUAUUGCUUUUUUCACAUGGGUUUUACACUUUGCAACAUAGAUUAUUCUCUGUACAAUAUAUGGAAUUUAUUGCUUUCGACUUUGACCAAAUUUAUGUUUGCUAUAAUUGAAUUUAAAUAAACAUCUUUAAAAUAAA